AUGAAUCAAUUCCCUCGUCGCUCUCUUGAUCCGAUUGCCGAAGAAAUCACUCCCGUGGAUCAUGAAAUCCUCCGUCAUGGCGGCACCUCAUCCAACAUUGAGAGGCUCCCUUCCCGUCUGCAGCGAUCGAAACGAGCAUCCAUGGACGUUCAGCAACAGUUAGAGGACCUUGUUUAUGAUGUCAGUUACCUGAGAGCCGAACUCCAGUGGCAGAAGGAGUCCAAACAAGCUCUGCUGCAAUUCCAGGAGGACAUGUUCCGAAUCUUCCAUAUGAUUGAGGACAUGCUGGUCCAAGUGACAGCAAGGCUCCAUAAUUCUGAGCAGCGCUACUUUGAACUCUUGGGAUUUGAAGCCAACGGUGGCAAUGACGGGGGCAUGAUCUAA